UCUGACGUAUUUUCCGGGUCCUGUAACUUUGCUCACAUAUUCCAUGAAUCAUGCUGGCUGCUGUCAAAGGAGCAAGUCUUGGCCUGAGAUACUUCAGCAGUAACUGCAGCAAAGGGUACCGGCAAGCUCACCUGGUCAUCCUCCCUAAACAUUUGGCCGACGACUUUGAGGCGUUCUGCCACAGUAAUCCUGCUCCUUUGCCGCUGCUGGAGCGCAGACAGUGGGGGGAACACUCCUGCCCACCUCUGGCUAAAGAUGAUGUCAUCAGAAUCUAUCAAGGCGGUGUUCUGCUGGAAAAUGUCUCCAGCCUGCAGAACUCCAGUGUUUCAGCCAGGAGUGCAUCGCAACAGUCAUCUGGGCUUGAAGUGAAGUGGUCAGACAUGGUGUGUUUCUAUCUGGGCUGUAGCUUUGGCCUUGAGGCCGGCCUGAAGAAAGCUCUGGCCGUAGUCAGGAAGGCCAGCAUGUACAAGACUGCAGUUCCCUGCAUUCAAGCCGGUGUUUUCAGCUGCCCUCUCGUGGUGUCCAUGUGUCCAAUCCCACCGAGUAGACUCCAGGCAGCGGUCCAAGUCACGCACCAGAACCCACAUGGAGCCCCUGUGCACAUCGGGGAUGCGGACCUGCUGGGCAUUCAGGAUCUGUCCAGACCAGAUUAUGGGGGUCCAGUUGAGUUGCAGCCUGCGGAUGUCCCCGUCUUCUGGGCCUGCGGUGUGACGGCUGUGGAAGCCAUAAUCAGCAGCAAGCCUUCAUUGGCAUUCACUCACUCAGCAGGCAGCAGCGUGGGCUUGCCAGGUGUCCAGGGAAGCUCCCCAAUGGGCCCUCCCCCUCACAGCAUGGGUUUGGCAUCACAGAGGGCUGUGUCCAAGGUCAGGAAGUUGGAAGCCAUCAUUGGAGAAGAUCCAGGUCAACGAGGAAUCAAAGCUUUGUUUAUCCAAGAUGAACUCAUCCGCUCCUGUCUGGCGCUCUCCCAUGCGUCAUCUGUUGCCAUAACAACAGGCUUUCCCACUCACUACAUGCACAGCCCUCCCGAUGAGACCGAUGGCCCACCUGGAGCUGUUGCCAUGGCGACCAUGCUCCUUUCCCUGGGCAAGAAAGUUACACUGGUGGUGGACAGAAGGGCCUUGGAGAUGAAUCAGGCCAUCAUGGCUGAAGCUGUGAAGAAAGCAAACAGCAUCAAUAGUCUGAGAUCCAUCAACAAGCUGUGCGUGCAGGACAUGGAGGCGGAGCUCCAGCAUCAACCUCACAGGAUCAGUCAGGGUCUGAGACUAAAUGCAGCAACACACUUUCAUUCUCUUUCACUCGCUCACUGUGGACUUUCCCACACUUCCACAUCCAACCCGGCCAGCGCGGCGCCCAAAGUCGCCAGGCGUGCGCACGCCAACAUGAAAGCGCGUCCGUCCGAGGUGGGCAGUUUUGGGUAUAAAAAGGCGUGGCCUUCACCGCUCUCCACGGUCCCACCAGACUUUGUGGGCCUGCUCGGAGACCACCUGAGCCACCAGACUACAGUGAACGGCUGA